AUGAUCAAGGCUAUUAUGGUUUUUAACAAUCAUGGCAAGCCACGGCUGCUUAGGUUCUACCAAUACUACACUGAACAAGCUCAACAGCAGAUAGUACGCGAGACGUUUCAGCUUUUAUCGAAAAGGGACGAUAACGUGUGCAACUUUCUGGAAGGAGGCAGUCUGAUUGGCGACUUCGACUACAAACUCAUCUACCGGCAUUAUGCGACGCUUUACUUCGUGUUCUGCGUAGAUUCUUCUGAAAGCGAGACAAUGCUAAUGAGCGACUUGACUUGGUGUUUUUGCACAUUCAAAUCCGGCUCAUGGAGCUUACAAGAAUGA